AUGAGUGGCCAAUCAUUUGGUUCAUAUUAUCCAAUGAAAGAAAUUGAUGUAGAAACGGCAAGUUUUGUUUGUCUUCCAAUCACUUCCAAUAAAAGUGGAACGAAAUUACUUGCUAGAAAUGAGCUUUAUCUUCGAUAUUUAACUGAGUAUGAAUCCAUUCCUGGCUGGGUUAAUUACGGUAUUUUUUAUGCCUUAUGGGUAAUUAUUCGGUUUCAAUAUGAAGAACUACAUAUAAAUGAUGGGGCUAUUGGUGAAAUAGGAGUGCAUGCAGGUAAACUGCCCUCUUAUUUGUACUUACUGCGCCAUCUACCACAGAAUAUUCUAGGAAUGCCCAUAUGA